AUGGCAGAUGAGCGCAGAAGGCUGGUCCUUCUCCGUUUUUUCGCUCUUCCUUCUCUCUGGAACCACGUCUCCUUUCUCUGUCUGACUCUCCUCACUUUUUUUCUUCAUCUGCGCGUGCAAAAGGACUGUCUGGAGAGCCCCGCGAGGACCAUCGCCGGCCUCGAGAGCAUUUCUCAGCCCCCUGUGAGUUUCGUUUUCGUGCCUGUCGUCGCAUCCAGUCCAGACGGCAAAAGCGAUUCUGCGUCAAACGUCCAGGAAAAGCUUUCCGAGUCUCCAUCGUUUUCUUCGCAGUCUUCCGCUUCCUCCCCGGGAACUCCUGAAGCGGGCGUGUCGGGGGAACAACAGUCUUGCCCAACCACUGCUCCGUCUUUUUCCUCUUUUCAGUCGUCCGUUGACGCCCUUGCUUCGCUCUUUGUAUCCGUUCGCUUCGCAGAAGUCUCCGCUCUUCCCGCAGUGCAAACCGUCGAGUCGUCUUCUUUUGACGCACCUGUAGCCUCUCCUCAGCCUGGUCUCUCGACCGUCUCAGUUAAACCCUCGCCUGAUGGCCUUUCUUCAUCUAGUUCUCCACCGUCUGGUGGUCUCCAAGCCCCGUCGGCUCCUCAGAUAACAUCUGGCGUCUCUCCCCCCGCCUCAGCCUCGCGCCUCUCUCCGGCGUCUGCCUCGUCCUCUCCCUCGGCGUCUUCCUCCCCUCCUACCUCAUCGUCUCCUCCUUCAUCUGUUCCUCCGUCUUCGCCAUCUUCUCCGUCUUCUUCAUCCUCUUCGUCGGCAGCGCAGGACAGCAAUGCGUCGCCUUUAGGGGCGAGGGAGAAGGGGGAAAAGGGGGAUGACAAUGAGAUGGAACGAGAAGAUGCGGUUCUCUUCUCAGCCACCGCAGGGAACUUUGACAAGUUUCUGCGAAAACACGGGCCGCUGGUUGUCUUCUUCUACGUCCCAUGGUGCGAACGGUGUCAGAAUAUCUUCCCGGAGAUUUACGAGGCUGCAGCGCGUUUGCGGCGUCUCCACUCCCCGAUUCGCGUUGCCACGGUCGAUUCUGCCGCCCACGAGGAACUCGCGCGCCGCCUGGAGGCGAGCUCUGCUCCGUGCGUGAAACUCGUCAGCUACGUGCCUUCCUCUGCGCCGCUUUCCUCGCCAGUGACUGCCCAGCAGACGAACGGCGGGAGCGGUGCGGCCCCAGAGGCGCCGCGGGGAGAAAAAGGAGACACUCAGUCUCCUUUCAGGGGCAUCAAAGCGGAACAAUACGAGGGCCCAGCUACCGCAGACCGCCUCGUCAGAUGGGCGAUGAAGAAGCGGGGCACACCCGCGUACUUCUUGAAGGACUUUGCUACGGCAGAUCGCUUUUGUUUCGACAACCCCGUCACGCUUCUGGGCCUCUUUGAGAGUGACGGCAAAGCAAAAGAUGCCUUCCUGCGUGCGGCGCAGAUGAUCGACGAGGUCACCGUCGCGAUCACCAACAGCACAGAAGUCGCCUCAAAACUGGAGGUGAAACUCCCUGGCAUUGUUCUGUUCCGACCCUACGGCGAGCACAUGGUGAUCUUGGGAGAUCGCGGAGCCUCGCCGCCAAGUGCUGAGAGCAUCCUCUUCAACGACGGCCGACCAAUCCUUUUCCUCAUUCGCUCCGACGACGACGCGGGCCGGCGAGCGGAAGCGGCGCUCCACGACGUGGCCAGAACAUAUCGCAGGGAGAUUCUCUCGGUCGUCAGCGGGACGAAGGGAGCGUUCGCUGCUCGACUGAUGAACUUCUUGAAUGUUUCGCGUCGCGAUGUUCCAACCGCGGUUAUCGUCGAAAAUCCGUCUUCCCGCAUUUCCAGGGUCCGGUUCGUGUGCGACGAGAAGCCGCUUACUCGGUCGAGCCUGGAGCGCCUAAUAAGAGAUUACCGGAACGGAGUUUUGAAGCCGACGCGAAGAAGCGAACCGCCGCCCCUCGCGCAACAGGGACACAUCGUGAAACUCGUGGGGUCGACGUUCGCCGACCCGGCUCCGCCACCAGAAAAGGAAAUGCUUCUGUUCGUCUACUCCCCCUGGUGUGCCCACAGCACCAAGCUUCGUCCGGUCUUUGAGGAGGUAGCAGCCCGUUUGGCGCACAUUCCAGAGCUGGUGACGGCGGAGUUGGACGGAACUGUGAACGAAGUCGAGGACGUGAAUGUGGUAAGCUACCAUAACUUGCUGGAUCUGCGGAGACGCGCGGGGCCGAAUGCGCGGAAUGGCGACACGAUGCUACGGCCGCCAAGCCCCAUUCGCGACAGGAAAGAGGGAACGCAGCGCGACGCGCUUUCGAUGUGGGAAUUCGACCGAGAUGUGGCGCUGACGGAUAUAGUCGCUGCGGACGGCUAUCCCGCCUUGUUGUUUUACACACACGACGGAGAAGACGCGGCAAAAGCAAAGGACAGAAGAACCGUGAUCAUCUACGAUGGCGUUCGAGACGUGCCGAGCGUCCUCGACUUCCUCUUCAUGCACAGCAAAGUGCUCACGAAAGAAAAGCUGUUCAUCCCACAGAUGUAA